AUGGACGAAGACCAAGGGCCGUCCCAAAUCGUCCCGGAGCCGGCUCCGAAGCGGACGCUCGGCGACCGGAUACACGGCGUCAAGAGGACAUUGUUCACCAAAGAGGGCCUCAUUGGCAACUACGACUAUGCGUUCCUCUUCCGUCCCAAUCUUCCGUUCAUGAAGAAGCCGGACCGGCCGCCACCCUUCUUUGGUUUGAACGACCGCAUGCCCGUCGUGCUGGCCCUGAUCCUCGGCUUCCAACAUGCACUCGCCAUGCUGGCCGGCAUCAUCACGCCGCCCAUCAUCAUGGCCGGCGCCGGCGGCGUCAACCUCAGCACCGAACAGACCCAAUACCUCGUUUCCACCGCCCUAAUCGUCUCGGGCCUUCUGUCUGCCAUCCAGAUUACCAGAUUCCGCAUCCUCAAGACCCCUUACUACGUCGGCACAGGCCUCAUCUCGGUCGUCGGCAUUUCGUUUGCCAUCAUCCCCGUCGCCUCGGGCGCCUUCAGUCAGAUGUACGCCAACGGCUUCUGCCCGUCGGCCGAAGACGGCACCCCGCUGCCGUGCCCAGACGCCUACGGGGCCAUCCUGGGCACGGCCGCCGUGUGCGCGCUCCUCGAGAUCCUCAUCUCAUUCAUGCCACCCAAGGUCAUGCUGCGCAUCUUCCCACCCAUCGUGACCGGCCCGACCGUCAUGCUGAUUGGCAUCAACCUAAUUGGGUCGGGCUUCAAGAACUGGGCUGGCGGCAGCGGCUUGUGCGCCGACGCGAACCCGCCCGAGUUUUUUGCAGCUUGUCCGAACAUCGCCGCGCCGCACGCCCUGCCCUGGGGGUCGGCCGAGUACCUUGGCCUGGGCUUCUCCGUUUUCCUAACCAUCAUCCUCUGCGAGCGCUUCGGCUCGCCCAUCAUGAAAUCCAUCAGCGUCGUCAUCGGCCUGCUCACAGGCUGCAUCAUCGCGGCCGCAUGCGGCUACUUCGACCGGUCCGGCAUCGAUUCCGCGCCCGCGGUAUCCUUCAUCUGGGUGCACACCUUCAAGCUCUCCAUCUACGGGCCACUAGUCCUGCCCCUGAUGGCCGUCUUCAUCAUCUGCGCGUGCGAGUCCAUCGGCGACAUCACCGCGACCUGCGACGUGUCGCGCCUCGAGGUCGACGGCAAGCUCUACGAGUCACGCAUCCAGGGCGGCGUCCUGGCCGACGGCAUCAACGGCCUGCUGGCCGCGCUCGCCACCAUCACGCCCAUGACUACCUUCGCCCAAAACAACGGUGUCAUCGCCCUCACCCGCUGCGCGAACCGCUCCGCCGGCUACUGCUGCUGCCUGUUCCUGGUCGUCGCGGGCAUCUUUGCCAAGUUUGCCGCCGCGCUCGUCGCGAUCCCGGCCCCCGUGCUGGGCGGCAUGACGACGUUUUUGUUUUGUGCUGUCGCCGUGUCGGGCAUGGCCAUCAUCGCCAAGGGCGUCCCCUUCAACCGCCGCAACCGGUUUAUUCUGACCGCGGGGCUGGCGCUUGGCUACGGCGCGACGCUGGUGCCGGAGUACUUUAGUCACGUGUUUACCUAUGCCGGCGACGACAGGGCGCUGCAGGGUUUCCUGGAUGCCAUUAGCCUGGUUAUGGAGACGGGCUAUGUGGUUACGGCUGUUGUGACGGUCGUGCUUAACCUGACCCUGCCGCUUGAGCUGGAUGAUGAGGUUGUUGUUGCUGCGGACGAGCGUGCUGCUGCCCACGAGUUGGUCAAGGAGGAGACUGGAAGUGGACAUGAGAGCGGGGAGCUGAAGGGGAAGACGGCUUAA